AUGAGGACGCCGAGGGACAUACCACAGCCUGAGGAGAGUGGGAGAGAGAUGAGCGGUCUCUGUUGCAGGACCGAGGAUCAGGACAGGAGUUUAGAAACAUGUCGCCAACAGAUACACAGCAAUACAAUCACUGUUAUCAGCAGCCGGGAAGAGUUGGAACUGCUGCCAACCCACGGCUGGUGGUGGGUACUGAGUGGCGGAACCAUGCAUUUGGCUAUAUCGGUUCUCCUCAUCACCAUCCACUAUACACAUGGACAACUGAUGGUCUCUCAGAUCAUGCCAUAUUAUGGCAGUCUGAAUGGAGCAACAAGAAUUACCAUCAAGGGAAAUGGUUUUGCAGAAGCCAACCAGUUCAAUUACGGAGAUGGGAAUGACCAACUGGGGAACAGUGUCCAGCUUGUCUCCUCCACCCGUUCAAUCCCAUGUGAUGUGGAGAAAGAUGCCAGUCACGCAACACAAAUAACCUGCUACACCAGGCCUAUGCCAGCAGAUAGCUACAGCGUGAGAGUGAGUGUAGACGGAGUACCUGUAGACACAGCAAACAUUUGCUAUGGUUACUUCCAGUACUGGUGGUGUAUGUUCCAGCCUCAUAUGUACUAUACCCCUGUUAUAAGCAGCAUAUCACCUGUAUCUGGAAGCCCAGGUUCAAUGAUCACUAUUGUAGGUAAAAUCUACACUGAUGUCUAUGGCAGUAAUACUGCUUUAAGCUCCAAUGGGAAAAAUGUCAGGGUGCUAAGGGUCUAUGCUGGAGGAAUGCCAUGUGAGCUGCUAAUACCCAACUCUGAUACACUGUAUGGAUUACAACUGGACAGUACAUCUAGUGACUAUGGCUCAAUGGUUUGCAAUGCUACUGGCACCUAUGUUGGCCAUCACAAUAUCAGUUUUAUUUUGGACAGCAAUUAUGGACGGAGUUUACCAAGUCUAUCCACCUACUUUGUGUCUUCCCUCAAUAAAAUUGCCAUGUUCCAGACCUAUGCAGAGAUAACAAGGAUUUUCCCUGCUUCUGGAAGCAUACAAGGAGGCACAGUUAUCACCAUCAGUGGACAGUACUUCGAUGAGACUGACCUUCCAGCCAGAGUCCUUGUAGGAGGUCAGGAAUGUCGCAUUCUCAGUCUAAAUUAUACAACAAUCACUUGCAUUACGCCGCCAAAGCCGUCUGUGCUUCCUUCGCUCUUUCCAGGAAACCGUGGAAUGAAGGUGGAGAGGUGGAAUGGCAGUUUUACAUUGAGUAACGCUUUGAAUUUCAAUGAAAGUUCCCCCGGCUAUGCUGGCACCACCUGGUUUGAUGGAGCUUUCAAGUCCUGGACAACAGACACCUCUUCAUUUAUUGUUAGGUUCAGCGGCUUCCUUGUGCCCCCAGAGACAGAUUACUACACCCUGUAUAUCAAGGGAAAUGAUAAAUAUGCGCUGUACUUCAGUGAAACAGGAAACCCAGCAGACAAGGUGAAAGUGGCCUACGGUGACUAUGCAACCUCUUCCUACAGCCAAUAUUACACUCAGAAAUCACAUGCUUUCUACCUCCAGAAGGGAAAAUCAUAUUACAUUGAAGCCUAUAUCCAAAAUUACAAUGGGAAGUCAGCCAUUGAUGUGGGCCUGUACCAGCGCAGGAGCUCAUUCACCGACCAACAAACUGCGGAUGCAGUCAAUGAUAUCCAGAACUUACAAUCUCAAACUGAUACAGUUCUAGAGAAGCAGAUUAUUACAUUACAAAAUUGGAAUUCAACUCAACAAGCAGUAGAUGAAGUUCAGACAAUUACAGUGACCAUAGACUGUGUUUUUUCAUGUCCAUCCAUGUUUUACAAACUCAUGUAUGGGGCAGAUGAAACAGAUCUGUUGUCAGCUGAUGCAAGUGCUACAGACAUUGAAUCAGCAUUAAAUAACCUGCAGUCCAUACAGCCAGAUACAGUCAGUGUGACUAUGCAAACCAAUGAUACCCAGAAUGUAUAUACUGUGACCUUCAAUUCACAAAGAGGAGAUUUCAAGUUGCUUUCGUAUAAAAUUUUGGAUGGGGGCAAUAUGACUGUGGAUAUUGAAGAGCAAACAAAAGGUGUUCCAGACAUGGCAACCUUCACGCUCGUGUGGGACAAUGUUUACUCUAAAGCCCUGGCUGCAAAUGCAUCAGCUGCAGACGUGCAAUCAGCUGUAUUAGACAUGAUUAGCGCCCAAUGUCCGGAUAAAAUCGCCAAUCGGAAGGAAGGCUUAUCUGUCAAGUACUUCAGGAACUAUGAAACAGAUUUUACUUUGUCUGGUUACUAUAGGGGCUAUGUGACAUCAGAGAGUGAACCGUUCUGUGGACGAUAUUCCUUGAAGAAUCCUCAAAUAUUGUAUGAUUCAACAGAAGUAAAAUCAACAACCCAAAUGCCAUAUGGUGCCAUUUCUUUAACUUUGUAUAACAAGCUUUGCCUUAGCUACAAGGGGCAACACAUUUAUGGAAUUUCUGUAUAUUUUCAAUAUGAAGACACCAAUUCCCCUGGCACAAUUACCACCAUCAAUGAUCAAAUCAGCUACAACAUGCCUCAGCAGAACAGCUGGACAUACAUAUGUGUCGACUUGCUGGAGCUUAUAAAACCAAGGUACUCUGGAAAAAACUUUAACCUUUUUACAAUUGGCUUAGUGUCAAGCCAGGAUUUUUUUGUUGAUGUCUUGUACAUUGGACAAAUGGUGACAACAAGUGACGUCACAGUUCCCAGACGGAGACCGGCCUUGUCAAGCAAUGGGAUUGUGAUCAGUAGAGUCGAUGUGACCGGCACUUCUAGCAAAUCUGUAACCCAGCACACCAUCACUAUAACACCAUACAACUGCGGGUACAAUUUUCCGCUCUUUGCUGUGGGAUUUGCUGAGGACAUUCAGCUAAACACUGAUUCAGCCAUCUAUAGUGCAUCGACCUGGACCCCGGGGACAUUAGUGAAGAUCAACAGGACCCAGACAGCCUCUCCCCCUGUUGGAGGAACAUUCAGCAUUGUGGGUUAUGAGAAUGAGGUUACAGGUCUUCCGGCAGACAUAGCACAGUAUGAUCUAAAGUAUGCCCUAGAGUCUAUUCCAGAAAUUGGUCAGGUUACUGUUUCAGCAAGAUCUGGAAACUGCAGAGGAUACUCAUGGCAGAUAAAGUUUUUGACAGCUACAGGCUACCAGCCUAUUUUACAGAUAAAUGACUCAACCAUCACUGGAGUAAAUGCUAAAAUGUAUGGCGUAAAGGUUAUUGAUGGAGGUCUUUUCCGUCAGCAUCUGCUUGGAGACCUUGUGAGGACGCCCCAUAAAACACCUCAGGUUGAAGUCUACAUCAAUGGAAUUCCAUCCCAAUGUGUCGAAGACUGUGGUUACACCUGGAAUGUGGGGGGAACUCCAAAGAUAAACUCUGUUAGUUCAGUGUGGAAUGGAGAUGAUGAAGUCCUUAUAAUAGAUGGAACUGGAUUCUCAGGCAGUACUGCCAAUGAUAACACUUCGGUUACUAUUGGCAACAUUACCUGCCCCAUUCUUAAUGUUACGGCCAAAGAGAUCAGAUGUCUGGUACAAAAGGCAAGUGCAGGGACCUUCCCCAUCACAAUUUACAUUGCAGAGGUCGGGCUGGCAGUGUCCUCUGGGGAUAACGUGACCUUUACACAUGGGCUGUCUGUCUCAUCCAUCACACCAUCAGAGGGAAGCUUAGCAGGGGGCACUCCGGUAACAAUUCUUGGCAGUGGAUUUGGUGGUGACUCGGCUGUAGAAGUUGGUGGCAUUGCCUGCAGUAUUAUCUUUGUCAACCUGACUAUGAUUCAGUGCCGGACUUCAAUGGGAAUUGGGGGACUCGCUGAUGUUGUUGUCUUCACCGGUGGCUAUAACAGAACCUUACAGAACGCAUUCAGUUUUACUUCGGUCUCGGCUCCAAACAUAACUAAUAUCAGUCCAAACAUCAGCAGUGUUCUGGGUGGCACAACGCUGACUAUUUUAGGGUUCAGCUUUAGCAGUCCAUCAGCAGACAGCACUGUGUUCAUCGGAAAUUCAUCCUGUGUACUGUUAGAGUGGAUGCCCACAAACAUUACAUGUGUCCUUCCUGCUCUUCCCCCUGGGAUCUAUCCAGUCUUAGUUCAAGUGGAAAAUUGGGGAUUUGCAGUUUCCAGCAUGGAUGAUGUGGCAUCAAUAAAGUACAUUCUAGAAUUGAACAGUAUCUCUCCACAACAUGGAUCCAUGUACGGAGGUUCUCAUGUUACAUUGAGAGGAUCUGGAUUUAGUUCUAACCCACAAGACAACCUUGUACAAAUAGGUUCCCUCCCAUGCAAUGUCUCCGCCAGCUCAUCCACUGAGCUGACUUGUGUGAUUCAGAGACCUGGAAAUGUCUUUAAUGUCAACAACCAAGGAUCUAAUGCAGUAUAUGGUGUUGGCUAUGCUUGGUCUCCAUCAAGACUGGAUAUAUCUGUAGGAGACACUGUAGUCUGGAAUUGGAAUUCUCAGUCCUUGAUCUUGGGUAUUGGAUAUAGAGUAUUUUCAGUGUCAGAUGCGGGCAACAUUACCUAUGAUGGUCGUACCUUCAUCAGUGGGCCUCGAGUGCCAUCAGGUGUCUUUUCCUACCAGUUCACAUCUCCAGGAAUCGUUUACUACAGCAGUGGUUACAUUAAUGAUGGACAGUCAUUAUACAUGCAGGGGGUGAUCAACGUAUCUCCACUCACAGAUAACAUCACUGCAGUACAUGUGACAGUUGGAGGAAUUAAGGCUAAUUAUGUACCAGGUAAGUCUUCCCUUUCAUCUUCGCCAGCUGCUGACUGUGUCACUCCAGAACCUAUUUGUCCACAGCUAGAUGAUAGCCCAUCCCAAAACCUUUCCAUCUGGUUCGGGUUCUCCAGCUGUUACUCACCUUUCAUUACCAGCAUUACACCGACCUUUGGAACAAUUCAUGACUCCAUAACCAUAGUGGGAUCUGGCUUCAGCAAUGUAACAUGCGCUAACCAGGUAACUAUUGGGAACUACCCGUGCAGAGCUCUAUCCGCUAAUGAAAUGUCAAUAACCUGCAAGAUCGAUCCUCAGGACUCCAUGAAUAUUGGAAUUGCAGAACUCGUAUCUUUGACAGUAAACAACUAUGGGAACGCUAUCAAUACUAUAAGCCAAGAGAUGAACAGGAGAUUUGCAUUGUUGCCUCACAUUGAGUUCAUCACACCGAGCAAUGGCUCCGUUACCGGACUGACAAGAAUAACAAUAGUUGGGUCUGGCUUCUCAAACAACAACAUCACCAUAGCAGGCUUAGGCUGCAGUAUCGUCUCUGUGAAUUACACAGACAUUAUUUGUGAUACCGAAUCCAGUUAUUCACGCACCGUAAAUGUCCAGGUCACAGUCAAUGCAAUUACUGCACUGUGCAAAGGAAGCUGCAGCUUCACCUAUUCCAGUGAAAUCACAGUGGUUGCAUCAAGCAUUUCUCCAAAUGUAGUAGGCAACACUUCGACCGUGUUGAACAUUAGUGGCAGUGGAUUUGGAGAAGACAUUAAUGACAUAGUAGUUUAUAUUGGAGAUGCAGCAGCUAGUGUGUUAGAUGUCAAUGGCACGGAAAUUAUAUGCAGUGUUGAUCCAAUUCCUGCUGGUAACUAUGUAGUCAACGUUAUCGUCUUAAGCAAAGGCUUGGCCCAGGGCUCCUUCACUGUGAAUAGUCCUGCUGAGGCUGUACUCUUGACAACAUCGGGAAGUGUUCUAGGUGGAACAGUUUUGCAGAUAUCAGGGAAUGGAUUCCACCCAUUCAAUACUACAGUGCAAGUUGGUGGUGCAGCAUGCUCUAUUCUUUCAGUAACCCCUGGCAGUAUCAAGUGUGUUACUCCCGCAAGCUCAGCGGCCAAGAUUGCUAAAGUAAACAUUCUCAUACCAUCUGCAUCCUAUCCAUCACUCAGCUAUUCCUAUUCAGAAGCGGACACCCCUACAGUAACGUCAGUUUCUCCCAGCACAGGACCAUCAGGAACUUCCAUUACUGUUUUCGGUACACAGUUUGGUUCUGAUGCCACAAAUGUUGCAGUGACUAUAGGCAAUGCCACAUGCGCCAUCACUGCCAUGUCAGAUACAUCACUGAACUGCACAGUGGCAAACCACUGGGGAGGCACAUUCCCACUAUCACUACACAAUGAGAAAGGCUUUGCAAGAUCCAGCGCAACAUUUACAUAUGAACUGAGUAUGACAAGCAUCUCUCCUAAUGAAGGAAGCUUUGGUGGUGGAUUGAUGCUCACCAUUGCUGGCUCUGGGUUUGAUGAGACGCUAUCCAAGGUGCUGGUCUGCAACUCUGACUGCAAAAUAGAUGGAGAGAGAUCCAAUGCAAGCGUCCUCCUCUGUGAAGUACCUAUGAGGAAUGAUACAAACAUUUCUUCUCAGAUCUGUAAUGUCGUGGUCAUUAACGGAAACAAUGCUGUCUGGAUCAACAACUCCUUUAACUACACUACUGCACUAACCCCAUUCAUAUACGAUGUCACCCCUAAGAGAGGAGGCACCGCUGGGGGUACCAGACUCACCAUCACUGGAUCUAAGUUUGGCAAUGAUGCCUCACAGAUCACUGUCACGAUCGCACAAGCCCAGUGCAAUGUUACAUCAGUUAAUGACACACAGAUCGUUUGCAUUACCACAGCCCAAUCCCCUUCACAAAAGGCAAAGGUCCGGGUGAACAUCAAAGGCCAAGGAGUAGCUAAAAUGGACAAUGCCGACUUUUUCUACAUCGAUGUUUGGUCUUCUAAAUACACCUGGGGAGGUGAAACGCCCCCGGAUGAAGGUUCACUAGCUGUCAUCACUCAAGGACAGACUAUCCUUCUGGAUCAAAGCACUCCAGUGCUGAAGAUGCUUUUGAUUCAAGGAGGAACUCUGAUAUUUGAUGAAGCUGACAUUGAGCUCCAGGCUGAGAAUAUUCUUAUUACAGAUGGUGGUCUUCUGCAGAUUGGAACUGAGGCUGCCCCAUUCCAGCACAAAGCUAUCAUCACUCUGCAUGGACACUUGCGUUCCCCAGAGCUACCUGUUUAUGGAGCAAAAACAUUGGCAGUCAGGCAAGGAACUUUGGAUCUUCAUGGUAUUCCAGUGCCGGUGACUUGGACCCGGCUAGCUCAGACUGUGGAGGCUGGAAGCUCUACUUUGGUUCUACAGCAAAGUGUGACUUGGAAAGCAGGGGAUGAAAUUGUGAUUGCAUCAACCGGACACAGGCACAGUCAAAACCAGAAUGAGAAGAGAACUAUACAAUCUGUGUCUGCUGAUGGCAAAAACCUGACUCUAAGUGAGCCACUGGUGUACAAGCACUUAGGCAUAUCAGUCACCUUGCCCGAUGGAACGGUUUUUGAAGCUAGAGCUGAAGUUGGCCUUCUUACAAGAAACAUUCUGGUCAGAGGUUCCACCAAUGUGGAAUGGAGUGACAAAAUAGCAGCCUGUCCAGAUGGAUUUGAUACAGGCGAAUUUGCAACACAAACAUGUUUCCAGGGAAGGUUUGGAGAAGAAAUAGGAAGUGAUCAGUUUGGUGGAUGUAUAAUGUUUCAUGCCACAAAGCCCGGCCAGCUGCUCUCCAUUGGAAGAAUAGAAUAUGUAGAGGUUUUCCAUGCAGGUCAAGCUUUCCGGUUGGGACGUUAUCCUAUUCACUGGCAUUUAAUGGGUGAUAUGCAGUAUAAGUCAUACGUACGAGGCUGUGGGAUCCACCAGACCUACAACAGAGCAGUAACUAUCCACAACACUCACCAUCUUCUUGUAGAGAAGAACGUAAUUUAUGACAUCAUGGGAGGAGCCUUCUUCAUCGAAGAUGGCAUAGAACAUGGCAAUGUGCUUCAAUACAACCUGGCAGUAUUUGUACGGCAAAGUACCAGUCUACUGAACGAUGAUGUUACCCCAGCAGCCUUUUGGGUAACAAAUCCUAAUAACACCAUCAGGCACAAUGCAGCUGCUGGUGGCACACAUUUUGGUUUUUGGUACAGAAUGCACGACAACCCUGAUGGACCAUCCUACGACCCGAACAUUUGCCAGAAACGAGUGCCACUUGGUGAAUUCUACAAUAACACUGUCCAUUCCCAGGGGUGGUUUGGCAUCUGGAUAUUUGAAGAAUACUUCCCCAUGGUAAAAGGAUCUUGCAGUUCUUCUACACCAUCCCCUGCUAUUUUCAAAUCGUUGACCACAUGGAAUUGCCAGAAAGGAGCUGAAUGGGUAAAUGGAGGUGCUCUUCAGUUCCAUAACUUUACCAUGGUAAAUAAUGAAGAUUCUGGCAUAGAAACCAAAAGAGUAAUUUCAUCUUACGUUGGUGGAUGGGGUGAGACCAGUGGAGCUGUCCUUAAGAAUGCCAUUAUUGUUGGCCAUCUUGAUGAACUGGGGCUUGGCUCUAGUUAUUGCACAGCUAGGGGCAUUACUCUACCAUUCGAUGAAGGACUGACAGUAUCAUCAGUCAAGUUUAUGAAUUUUGACCGACCAAACUGUGCAGCUAUUGCAGUGACAACAGUUGUUGGACUAUGCGGUGACAGGUGUGGAGGAUGGAGUGCAAAGUUUAAUGGAAUACAAUACUUUAAUGCACCAAACAAAGCUGGAUUCCGUUGGGAACAUGAAGUUGUUUUAAUUGAUAUGGAUGGGACUCUAACAGGAAAGACGGGAGCAAAGGUGGUACCAGCAAGUGGGCUGCUUGACCCUUCAGAGUGCAGCCAAAGUAGUGAAUGGAGUGUUGGUUUCUCUGGUUAUAUAUGUAACUCUACCGUCAGUUUUCACCGACUGGCAUUCAAUAACCCAUCUCCAUCUUCCCUUCUCGGAAAAGAUGUUAUAAUUUCCAACUCUUUUGGUGUCAGUGUUGUUCCCUUCUUACCAAAACGUUUAACUCACAAGCCAGGAUGGAUGGCCUUACUGCCUAAUGCUAACUCCUUCAACUGGUAUUUCAGUCAAGUGGAUUUCAUCUCAAAUAUUUCAUACACUUCCACUUUCUAUGGGUUUAAGGUAAAGGGAUAUGUGACAAUAUCACACAACCUAACUCAAGCACCAGAUAUGUUUAACAUAAUUGAUGUGCGUGAUAGGUCCACACAGCCACUGAGCUACAACAACAAUUCUAAUGGAGACUGGUACUUCAAUGACAACACCACUACACUGACCUACCUAGUGUCUGGAAAACGCAAAGUCAGCAGACGCGCAGUGGCAGGAAUUCUGGAUACAACUAUGUCUAACACAAAUGUGAACUUGGUGGUCUAUCAGUGCUACUUCAAAAACUGCAUCCCUCCUUCUCCUCCACCUCCUCCCACCAAAGCAACAGUGACCCCUGCACUACAUGAUCUUUGGUCUAACAACUCCUUCUGGCAAUCAUCUGUAGAGAACAAUUAUACCGUUCCGAAAGAAGGAUCGACUGUCAUCAUUCCUGCAGGCAAAUGGGUUAUAACAGAUGUAGACAUCCCCCCUCUGAAUAAACUUAUCAUUUAUGGUGUUUUGGAGUUAAAAAACCUCACAGACAACUCAACAGGGACCUUUAAAACAACUGUACUCAGUGCCAUCUACAUAUCUAUACAGGGUGGAAGAUUAGUAGCAGGAACGCAGACAGACCCAUUCCAGGGAGAACUACAUAUUGUACUAAGAGGAAAUCAUUUAACUCCAGAAUUCCCAUUGCCAGAUGGACCAAAUCAGGGAUCAAAGGUUCUAGGUGUAUUUGGAGAGCUCGAUCUUCAUGGGCUUCCACCCUCUGUAUAUAGAACUAAGCUGGCAAGUACGGCACCAGCCGGAUCACAGUACAUCAAUCUAGCAGAGCCUGUGGAUUGGAAGGUCGGUGAGGAUAUCCUUAUCACCACCACAAGUUACAGUGCCUGGCAGACAGAAACCAGGAGAAUUAUUGCUGUGUCACCUGACCAGAGAAACCUCACUUUAAAUGUCUCUCUUACUUUCAACCACACAGCAAACACCUAUCAAGUACCCAGCACAACCCGAAAUUACACUCUGGCAGCAGAUGUGGCUCUGCUCACUAGAAACAUCAAAAUCAUUGGGGAGGAUUACCCAGGCUGGUACACAGAAUCAUUCGGUGCUCGCGUUCUUGUCAGCACAUUUUUAGCCAAUGGGAUGGAAUAUAGAGGAAGUGCAAGAAUAGAGAAUGUUGAAUUCUACCACAGUGGUCAGGAAGGUUACCCUGACCCCAUAGACCCCCGCUAUUCCUUGGCUUUCCUUAACCUUGGAGAGGUAUCUUCCAAUGAAUCCUAUGUUAAGGGAUGUGCCUUCCAUAAUGGAUUCUCCCCCGCGAUUGGAGUUUUCUAUACAAAUGGACUUGAUGUCCAUGACAAUGUUAUUCACUUCACUGUAGGAGAAGGAAUUAGAGUGAUGGGAGAACGAGUGAAUGUGAGAGGAAACCUUGUGGCCCUUGCUGUCUGGCCUGGUACAUAUCAAGACAGGGAGGAGGUCAAUAACAUCCUGUGGCAUGCGGGAAUAGAGAUCCAUGAGGGCACUGACGUUGUACUGCAGAAUAAUGUGGUGGCAGGAUUUGAGCGUGCCGGAUAUCGUAUUAAUGGUGAACCAUGUUCUGGUUUCUCUAAUCCCAAUCCAAAAUGGUACAACAAUGAAGCUCAUGGUGGGUUAUAUGGUAUCUUCAUGAAUGAAGAUGGCCUUCCAGUGUGUUCACAUGUGAGAGGUUUUAUAUUAUGGAAAUGUUGGGAUUAUGGCAUCUACAUCCAGACCACCUCCUCAGUCCAGAUCUCUGAAGUGCUGCUGGCAGAUAAUGGAAUGGGUAUACUUCCUAUAAUUUACACUCCUGCUUCAGUCUCACACGAAAUCUCCAAUAAGACUGUUCAGAUCUCGAAAUCUCUGCUUGUUGGAAGCAGCCCCAAUUUUGAUUGCACUGCUAUUCUCACAAAUAAUGAUGCCAACGUCAAACUUUCUGCAGCACAUCGCAGUCGCAGACCUCCGACAGGUGGUAGAAGCGGCAUCUGCUGGCCAACGUUUGCCUCUGCUCAUAACAUGGCACCAGGGCACCCAAAUGCAGGACUAAUGAGCUACAAUGCAAUCAGUGGACUAAUGACCGUGGAGGAUACAAUAUUUGUGAGUUACAAAAGUGUGUGCUCUGGUGAGAGCAAUGUGAUGUUCAUUACCAACCCCGAAAAUGAAGACUUGCAGCACCCCAUAGAGGUCUCCAGACUGACACUAGUGGACAGUGCCGAGAACCAGAAAGUCUACAUCCAUCGGCCAGACGUGUCCAAAGCUAACCCUUCAGACUGUGUGGACAUGGACUGUGAUGCAAAGAAGAAGUCGCUCUUGAAGGAUCUUGAUGGUUCCUUCCUGGGGAAAAUAGGUGCUGUGGUUCCACAAUCAGAAUAUCAGUGGGACGGAGACAAGAGCCAUGGACUUGGAGAUUACAGAAUUCCAAAGGUGAUGCUGACCCGUCUGAAUGGAGGCCGGAUACCUGUAUCAGAGGUGGCUCCAUAUAAAGGAAUCAUCAGAGAUGGCACCUGUGUGUACAUGGCAGCCUGGGAGAGCUACAAAUGCUUUGGGUUGAAUUAUGAAAUGCUUGUUAUUGAGAGUCUGGAUGUAGACACAGAGACUAGACGACUUUCCCCAGUAGCCGUGCUGGGAGAUGGCUAUAUAGAUCUAAUUAAUGGGCCCCAAGACCACGGCUGGUGCUCUGGAUACACCUGUCAAAAAAGAGUUUCAUUGUUCCAUUCCAUAGUGGCAACAAACAAGUCAUUUGAUAUCUAUUUCACUAGCACAAGUCCCCAGAAAAUGCGCCUUAAGCUACUCAACACCGACGACACCAACUCUCUUCUUGUUGGAAUCUACUUCUCAAAUCCCCAACGCCUGGAUGUUUAUUUGAACAGUACCUAUAUAUACCCAACUAAUAUAGAAUGGAAGGGAUCUGACUUCACUCUUAAAGGUCCAACCUACAAAGGUCAAUAUAUGCCGCAGCUGAACUCUUCUGUGUAUGGAGCAAACUUCUUUGACAGUGACUACAAAAUGCUGUAUAUCCUGGUCCGAGGAUCCACCGCAGUGGAAAUACGCACAUCUCCCCUCAUUGUUGUUGCCUUCAAUCUACCCGCAAUGACCGUGGACCAGUUUUACGGGCAGAACCUUGUGAGGAACCUGGCACUCUUCCUGAAGAUCCCUGCCAACAAAAUUCGUAUCACAAAGAUCGUUCAGGAGGGAUCCAGACGAAGAAAGAGAGCAACAGGGGGACUCAGUGUCUCUGUGGAAAUUUCAGAUCCACCUGCUGUGCAGACAAACACAACUUCCAACUCUACAGAUAAUCUGUCAUACUCGGAUUUCCAGUCAAUGAGUAAAAACCUGGCAUCGGCUGCAAUCAACGGAAGUCUCAGCAGUUACCUGAAUGUCACUGUUUCAUCUCUGUCAGUGUCUGAUCCUGUGCCAUCUCCGAGUGACGCAGGCUGGAGUCAGGUGGCAUCGCAGCCUGUUGAUAACAGGACCCAGGCAUCAUCCACCGGAAACUAUCUGGCUACAGUCUCCACGCUGAAAGUAAUCUUUGAACCUGUGGCUGGAUUGCCGGGACAAAAGCUAUUACAGCAGCCAUCUAUAAUGGCUCAAGAUUCCAAUGGAAAUUGUGUUUCUGUGAGCAGCAGUUCAAUGUCACUGACAGCAACACUGAAAUAUGCAAAUAACACCUACGUUAGCAGUGGACUGGAUGGGAACACUACCAUUUUGUUUAACAGCUGCUGGGCCAACUACACUGACCUUGUUCUCAAACUUCCAGGUAGUGGAUACAAGCUGGAAUUCAUACUGAACAAUGUCUAUGCUCAGACCAGGGCAUUUGAUGCCAAAAACUUACCAUCGACCACCACCGUUCCACCAAAGCCAGACUCAGCUGUGUCCAUCUACAGCCCCUUCCAGACACUGCUCGUACUGACCGUCACACUGAUUACCAUCAAUCUGUUUAUGGGCAACCUUUAAGAUGUCUUCUA